CAGCAGCAUCACCGUGCAGCAAACAACAUCCAGGCAAACCCAGGAGAUAAACUAAAGACAAACCACGUCUGUGUGCUUCUGCUGCAGCCGCCGAAAUCCUGAAGCGUCCUUCGACUGCAGACAAGGCUCCAAACUGUGACACAAUGAAAGUGGCUCUUGUGUUUGUUCUGCUCUUUGCCGCAGUCCUCUGCCGGCCGGUAAAAAAGGCUUCCAGUUCAGAGAGCUCUGAGGAAGUGGUGAGACGACGAGCACCUCCAGCCCUCAGAAAACAGGCGCCCCUGGUUCUUAAGGCUCGUCCACCACCUGUGCAGGUGGGAAAGCAGAAUGUCGUAGCAGCAGCGGCGGCCGCUUCGGAAGAGAGCGCAGAGACUUCAGAAGAGGAGGAGCAGCAGCAGGUGGCAGCAGAGGCCACACCUGAAGUCAAAUCUGUGAGCACAGACGCAGGUUCAGAUGCAGCCACUGUUAACAGUCAGGAUAAUGAAGAUGACGACGAUGAUGAUGCAGCAGAGGAGAGUGAAACUGAUGAGGAGGAGGAGGAGGACUCCAGCGACAGCUCAGAGUCUGGUGAGUCCUCCACGCCUGCUCCUGCUACAAUAGUUCCCGUGGUUGUCACAGAGACACCGGCACCUGAACCGACCGACGACACCAUCGUGGCCACCAUCGUCACCGAUACAGCCCGCGGUGACAACUUGGGAGGCCACCCCAGUGAGUACAAGUCCAUUGUCUAUGUGGAGGAAAAAUCCUACCACAAGGCUCCCGGUCCCUACAAGUCCUAUGAGUUUGUGGACACAGGAAAGAAGAUGGCCUAUGCAAUGACUGAUGGCAAUGAGGUGGAGAAGUUGCCAAAGGUGUAUAAGACUAUUUAUGUCAACCCUCAAUUCCUGGAGGAAGGCACCAGCACCCCUGAGGUGGAGAGCCAGGGCCUGGAUGCUUCCUCUGGCACACCUCAGGACCAGGACCCCCGCCAGGGAGCUCUUCCAGAGGAAGAGGAGAGCACCAGCACCAGUGACUCCACCACCAAUGAGAGUGAAAGCAGCAGCACCCCAGAGGAGGAGGAAGAGGAGGAGAGUGCCAGCACCACCAGCGACAGCACCAGCCAGGAGACCGAAGAGGAGGAGAGCCAGAGCAGCGAGGAGGCGACGGAGACUGACGCAGACUCUGACGAGAGUGAUGAGAGUGACUCUGACGAGGAUGGUGCAGGACCUGACACCACCACCACCGACAUGCCAGCAGUCAUCACUGCCAAAUAAGCCCACCUAGGAAAUCGAGCAGGUGGUGGUGUCCAAAUCACAUAAAGUGCACACGCUGCAUCCAGGUGCAAAGAGCCCCCCCCCUCCUGAGCUCUUUUCCCCUGCAGGGUCAAACAGUGACAACCAAGGCUGAAUUAUUAUUGACUCUGAUGUUUUCAUGAUUAUUUGUGUGUCAUCUAAAAAGCACAUAUGCUUUGCUCUUCAGGGUUUUAGCUAAAUAAACCAUUAACUCUGUUAUCCUGUGGUCCUUGUAAAUCCUAUGUUUGAUCCAGCAGAGGAAAAGAAGUUAAUUGAACUUUAAAGGAUGUUAAAAAUGACGACUGCUACCUGUAACCUGAGGUUGGCUGACCUCAUGAUCUUUGCCCCUUCCCCUUUUCCUCUCUCUACCAGCAGGGUACAAGGUCAAAACCGAUAAAGAUGCCGACAAAGUUGAGUCCUCUUGUCUACACUAGCACAAAACUGCCAUUAACCCUUGAUUAACAACUGCAAUAUGCAAACAUGCAAUGUUUUUAUGCUUCUAAAAUAAAUGGAAAUGCACACUUUAUAUUUAAAUACAUUUUUAAUACUUGUAAUCAAAUUUAAAACUGACAUUAAGCCACACGUUUGCUGCCAGUGUGGCUUAGCUUUUUUUUGCUCGCUAAUAUUAAAAUUUGGCUGGUGCGGAUAAAAGGAUGCAGGCGAAGGAGAAAAAAGUCUUUAGUGCAGGGUUCAAUCAGAUACAGAUGCAGUACACACAUACAGACAACACAGCCCUGCUUAUUUGCACAGUUACUACCUACACUACAUGAUGUUUGUCCCAUGUUGUUUACUGUAAUGUAUCAUAAUGU